GGCUUGUGGCGGCCGCGCUUGACUUCGCGCUCGCAGACGCCGGACGCUCGGCCUGCGAGGCUCGCAUGCGCGACGCAGUUCAAGCUGACGCUCUUUGCUACGCAAGCGCAGCCACAGUAGCGAGCCGCGAAGCCUGCCAGCUCGGCGUUGACAUUGGUGUCACGAUCGGCUGCCUCCACGCAGGGACGUUUGCGCGCGAGCCACAGCACUGGCACAUCGGACAUGCCAACGUACAACGUGCCCAGGACGCUGCAUGCGCCCACGCCGCCGCCGACGCACCAAGGUGCGCAGAGAGCUUCGUCAACACCGUCCAAGCCGUCUUCCAUACUCUCGCGCUCGAUGAAGACGACGACGAACCCACGGCGUACGUGCCGAGCGUGGUCGGCAGCGACGCUGGCAUGCUCAUUCGACUCUCGUUUCGCCUCGCGACCGCUGCGACGCGAUACUUUUAUCUGGAUGCUUCAAUGGACCCCCAUCGCGCGAACGACGCGAUCGCUCACUGGUGCAGGGUCAUGGCCGCUGACGACGUCGACUGUAGAGACCUCUUGCUGCGGCAGUACCACGGCUGGACGCAGGCAGGGCCUCUGUAUUGGGAGCCUUCGCCGAGCCUCGUGGCCCACAUCCCGCUCGCGAUCGCCAAUCAAACCCUCGCGCUGGCGCUGUACGCGGACGAGCCGUACCGAGAUGCUGCGACCGCCUUCUGCUCCGAGCUCUCGGGCAUGGGCCCGGCCCACGACUGCGUUGCGAUUGCGCUCUCUGCGAUAGGGCGCGAGGUCGGGUCGUGGACCCGCGCGCUCUAGUCUUUUCGCGCUAACUGGAUUUUGAACAUAGCUGAUGAGUUUUGACACAAA